UCUCCUCUCUCCCUCUCUUUCUUUCUACUCUAUCUACUCUUUCCUCUUGUAUCCCGAGGCUGCCACGCCGGACGGAGAGCACCGCACUCGCGCCUCCGCUUUCCACGGGACUCCCCCCAGAGUUUCCCCCCCACCCCCUCCCCUCCCCACCCCGCGCUCGGGCCGCGACCAUGACGGAGGAAAGUCGGGGCAAGAGGAGGAAACAAGCCAACCCGAGGAGAAGUCGAGUGGACGCAGAGCAAGUGGCUUCACUGGGGUCCGAGGGAGAGGAUGAGGUGGGCCUCUGGAGCCUGGAGCCCCAGGACUACCAGGAGAGCCUGGACAAGAUGAGUCGGACUCCCAGCGAGGGCACGGAGGAGCCCGGCAGCCCCGCCCUCUCUGCACAGCCCCACAGCCUCAGUCCCGGGAGCGGCGGCGGCAGGAAAUUCUGGGCCCAGGUGGAGCCAGAAUCCGAGGCCACAGACGACGGCGGCGGCAUCGCCUCUGCCCCCGACAGGGAGGGGGAGCAGGGAUCACUGAGGAUGCACUGUAGGAGCUCAGAUUCCCACAUUGACUUGGAAGACCUUGCCCAUUACGAGUUCCUGGCCAAGCUGAGGAAGGCCUCGACCUCCGUCAGCCUUUUGGACCACUUCGGCCGCAACGGCACGGCCGCCGUGCACCGUCUGCAGGGCGGCGGCGGGACCCACGAGGAGCUGCCGCCUGCCAUGUGGUCCCCAGCAGUUCAGCACCACUCACCUGAGGGAGCAGAUUCAAGGAGGAGACUGCAAGCCUGUCCCUUCUGCCAAAGGACGUACCAGCACGGCGCCUUGCUGAGGGACCACAUCAAAUACUGUCAGGAGAGGGGCCGGGGCCACAUGGCGUGUCCAUUCUGUGGAUACACUGCCACCCAUAGGGCGCAAUUGGAGCAACACCUGGCACUUCACCACCAAGCACAUGAUAAGAGCGCCAUCACUUUGGAUCAGGGCGUUGAGACACGGAAGUUCAAAUGUCUGCAGUGUGGAAAGGCCUUCAAGUACAAACACCACCUCAAAGAGCACCUCCGCAUCCACAGUGGAGAAAAACCGUAUGAGUGCGCCAACUGCAAGAAACGUUUCUCUCACUCGGGCUCCUACAGCUCCCACCUGAGCAGCAAAAAGUGCCUCGGCAGCGGAGGAACGCUCGGAUGUUCAGGAGGAACGAGUGGUGUGCUUAACGGACAUAGCCAAAAUUCCUACCAGCACUCCUUUUCAGGAUCUCCAUCUGCGUGGCGGGAGAGGAACAGCAAGGGCUCUCCUUUGGCGUCGCAAGUCCAAGACAAUAGCAGGCCUCCCGGCCAUGGACCGGAGGAUCCUUCCCAGCUUUCAGUGCAGGAUUUCAGCUUCCGAACGUCAGAGCUGGCUUCCCUUUGCAACCCCUCAGCAGAGCUUUCUCUGAGAGCCAGCAUCUUGAAAGGGACCACCCUGCUGCCUUAUCUCCAGUCUGGUUCCAAGUUUGAGCAAAUGCUGCAGGAGAUGCUCCACAGGGAGGUGAGGAAGUACGAGGACAUCCACAGGAACGGAGGCGGUCCCGACAGGAAGGUGUCGCAGGAGAGGGGGCCUCUAAGAGAGAAGUCAAGAGAGCGAGAGAGAGGGGCUCUCGGUGUUACGUGUUGCUGGUGCUCCCAAGUUUUCCCCAAUGUGGUGGUUUUCCAACAGCACGAGCGCUACCACUGUAAGAUGAACCGAGAAGCCGUGGAUAUGCCUGAGGGUCUUUACAACAAAGACCACCACUCGCCGCCUUUAUUCUUAUCCAGGUCGGGGAUCAGCAAAACUAACGACGUAACCAACGGAGCCUCUGAAAAUGAAUCCCCAGUGCAGAAGUGGCCCUCUGUACCUCAGCAGCUACCGGGCACACUGCCUUCCCCUCACGACCACUUGGACUCUUCUGGCCAGGAGAAGGGCAGCCCAAGCCAUGGCUCUGAGUUGUCGUCUCCUCACACCAGAAGAAGACUCCCAUCCUCGGGUUCUCCUGGCUGCGGCCAUCCCCCGGAACUCUCCUCACCUCAUAACCACUCUCAGAACGAGCCUCUGGACCUUUCUGUGCGCAAGCAGAAGUCAGACCAAAGAAACGUCAAUGGCAGCGCCACCAAAAGGGAGAGGACGGAAGACAGGACCAAACAGCUGAGUCGGCAGAGUCCCAACCAACCUUCAGAACAAACCUUACAUCCUCACCCAAUCUACAGAGCACAUGGCGCUCCUGUGUUCCCAGGCUCCUUAUACAACGGAUUCCCCUUCUUCAGCCAGUCUGCUUUGGGGUUUGCAGGGCAUGACGGCAUCGCACCGCUUCCUUUCAGCCCGUCACCGAUCAGCCCUGGAUUUCUCUCGCCCUUGGCUUACAUGGUGGAGGCUGAGUCCGAGGCGACAUUGAAGAAGCUCCACCAGGAGAGACAAGCACUGAUGGGGGAGGUGUUAAACCGCGGAGCUCUAGACUACCUCUCAAUUAUGGAUGAAGGCUUGGAGGGGGACGUUGGACCAGGGCGCAAGAGGCUGAAAAAGACAGACGAGGGUCUGUACGCUUGCGACAUCUGUGAAAAAACCUUCCAGAAAAGCAGCUCUUUGCUCAGACACAAAUACGAACACACAGGCAAGCGUCCGUACGAAUGCAAAGUAUGCAACAAGGCGUUCAAGCACAAACACCACCUGAUCGAGCACAGCCGCCUCCACUCGGGGGAGAAACCCUACCAAUGUGACAAGUGCGGCAAGCGCUUCUCGCACUCGGGCUCGUACUCGCAGCACAUGAACCACCGCUACGCCUACUGCAGCAAGGAUCAGGACCCCGACCAGGAGCACGACGAUGCGCCCCCAGAGCCCGCCGCCCUGUCCGUAGAGGACACGCAGACGCCGCAGUCCUUCCUCAGUGACACCAGUCUGGACGGAGCCUCCGAGGCCCCCAAAGAGGAUGAAGACGACCAGGAAGGAAGAGCUGAGGAAGAGCCGGUAAGCCAAGAAACUCGGAAAGACGAGAGUUGCACUGGAGGAAACCACUUCCAUGGGGCGGACCUCUGGGAGUCCCACACCCAGGUCCAAAAUGGAGACUUGGAUAAAUGUGAACUGAGCCUGGAUGCAACAGAUCUACCCCGGAUACAAACUUGAGAGAAUCUGAAAUGGCGACGCAUUGCAUACAGUACAUAUCCUUUGAUAGAUGUUUCCUUAAUAUACCAAAGAAACACAUGGCUACAACAUGAAGCCACUAAAGCCAAACAUGUGACCAAAAACGUAUUUUAUCAUGCAUCCUAGAUUUUUAUGUAUAGUGUUUUUUUUUUUUCAUUGUAUGCUAAGAUAAUUCCAUCAGGUGAGAUUCCAGUGCUAGCAGUGCUAGCCACAAAAGCUAACUUUUAUUUUGCCUUUGGAAUCCACCCAUCCAUUUUCUUGAGCGCUUGUCCAUCAAAGUCACAGGUGAGCUGGAACCUACCCCAGCUGACUUUUGGCGAGAGAGGUGAGGCCUAAUUAAUCACACGGCACAUUCAUUCAUCCAUUUUAGUUUUUUUUUUUUUUCAAAAAGGUAUGUUCUCAUUAGGGUCGUAGGUGAGCCGGAACCUAUCCCAGCUGACUUUUGGCAAGAGAAGGGUUGGUAUGCCCUGGACUGGUCACUGGCCAAUCGCAGGGUACAUAUAGAGUGCCACCAGAAAGUAUUCACCCUUUCACGUUUUCCACAUUUUGCUGUUACAGACCUUUUGUACAGCUAAUUGAGUAUAGUUUUCCUAAAAAAAAAAAAAUAUUUUAAAAAUACAUAAAAUAUCCCAUAAUGACAAGGUAAAAACAUAUUUUCAGACAUUUGUAUAAAUCUAUAAAAAAAUGCAAACAUAAUCUCUUUGCUAUGACACUCAAACGUAAACUCAGGUGCAUCUGAUUUCCACUGCUCAUCCUUCAGAUGCUUCGACAACUUAAAUGGAGUCCACCUAUGGUAAAUUCAGUUGAUUUAAAAUCAUUUGGAAUGGACCACACGUGUCUGUAUAAGGUCUCAUAGUUGGCAGUGCAUAUCAGACCAGAAACCAAGCAAUGAAGUCUAAGGAAUUUUCUGCAGACCUCUGAGACUGGAUUGUGUCAAGGCAUGAAUCUGAGGAAGGGUACAAAAUAAUUUCAGCAGCAUUGAAGGUCCCGAAAACUACUGUGGUCUCGAUUAUUCGGAAAUGGAAGAACACAGCCAAGAUAACAAAGGAGUGGCUUCAGGACCAGCCUGUGAAUGUCCUCGAGUGGCUCAGCCACAGCCCGGACUUGAAUCCAAUUGAACAUCUCCGGAAAGACCUAAAAAUGGCUGUCCACCAACGCUGCCCAUCCAACCUAACUGACCUUGGGAGGAUCUGCAGAGGAGAAUGGGAGAAAUGCCGCAAAACAGUGUGCCAAGCUCAUAGAGACAUACCCAAGAAGACUUGAGGCUGUGAUGGCUGCCAAAGGUGCUUCAACAAAAUAUUAAGACAACGGUGUGAAUACUUAUGUACUUAUGUUUAAAUGUGCACAACUGUCUGAAAAUAUUUUUACUUUGUCAUUAUGGGAUAUUUUAUGGAGAUUUUUGUUUUUGUUUUUAAACUAUACUCAAAUCUGCUUUAUAAUAAGUGUGUAACAUAGCAAAAUGUGGAAAAUGUGAAGGGGUGUGAGUACUUUCUUAGGGGCACUGUAGACAAACAAGCAUUCCCACUCAUAUUCUCAUGUUCCAUUUUAUGACAAGAAAUUUCCAAUAAAAGCUAACAUAUGACAAAAAACCUAAAAGUCCACCAUUUUGAUCAAUGUGCAGAGUCAUGCGAGGCACUUUUCUGCCCCCCACUUCCUCUUUUGCCUUGGACGUGAGUCAUGUGACCAUCUUAUCUGCAGCAACAUGUUCUCCUAUGCAACUGACGUGUCUUCCCUGCCUUCAAAUGCACACGCAGCGUGCACACUUAAAAGUACAGUAUAUACUGUAUGUAAC